AUGACGUUCCUACUGGGCCUAGCUGAUGGGAUUCUUCUUGGUGUGACAGCUCUCAUUCUACUUUACAUGUACGCAGCAAGACACCGCAACUACUGGAAAAACCAGGGCGUGACCCACGAGAAGCUUUCCUUGAUAUUCGGACCUGCCAAGGAAUUAUUGUCGAAGCCAGUAUGCCUCAUCGAUCAGGAAAGAUAUAAGAAACAUGGUCGAUUAUACGGUGCUUAUGAACAAGGAAAGCCAUGUCUGUUUGUUGCCGAACCACGCUUGGUAAAGCAGAGCCUCGUCAAAGACUUCCAUCUUUUGCCCAACAGGAAGUAUCAACUACCCCCAGACACACUAAGCAACAUCACGAUGUUUAUGGCUAGCGCUGACCGCUGGCGCACAAUCCGCCCCGCUUCGAGCCCGGCGUUCUCAACCGGGAAGCUGCGUAAGAUGAAUGUACUCAUUCAGGAAUGUGCGAGGAUCACGCGUAAGCACCUCGAAAGUUUUGCGGAGAAAAACGAUGACAUCGAUGUCAAACGGUUCUUCGGGAAGUACUCCCUUGACGUCAUUGCAAGGUGCGCGUUCGGCACGAGAAUCGACUCCCACACGGAUGCGACCAACGAGUUUGUGACGCAGGCCGCUAAAGUCCUCUCCCCAGGAUUAUCCUUGAAGUCUCUUAUUAAAGUGCUUUUUCCUGGUCUGAUCAAGUUCUUUAGCUCUAUAAUCGCAGACGAUGAAGAGUAUGAGUAUUUCAGAAAUCUUUGCCAGCGCAUCAUCAAGGAGAGACGUCAGAAUGGUCAACGCCAAGAAGAUUUCUUGCAACUAAUGAUGGAUGCUCAGGAUGGUAGUCUGGCCUCCAGCGAUGAUGGCUCAUUGGAGCUUGAGCACAAGCUGUUCCACGCUGGUUCGGAAACUAAUGUGACGGCGCCAACCAAUAGAAAACGUUUGAGUGAACUCGAAGCCAUGGCGCAGUGUGUGCUUUUCUUCGUGGUCGGACAGGAGACUACUUCGACAACGAUAGCUGUCACCGCCUAUUUCCUUGCACUUAAUCCAGACGUCCAGGAAAAACUUCGAAAAGAAGUGGACGAUUGCUUCGCGACCAACGGCCCAGAACCGAGCUUGGACGUCAUAUCUCAAUUGAAGUACCUCAACUGCGUGGUAUCCGAAGCGCUACGCUUAUUUCCAGCUACAGCAAGGCUUCAGCGGUCGGGCGACAUCGACUAUGUUCUUGGUGACACUGGAAUCAAGCUUCCGAAAGGAUGCUAUCUUUAUAUACCUGUUUACGCCAUGCACCACGACCCGGAGUUGUUCCCGGAUCCUGAGAGCUUCAGACCUCAACGUUUCAGCGAGGAGAACGUCGAUUCCAUUCAGCCGUACACCUACCUUCCCUUUGGUGCUGGGCCACGGAACUGCAUCGGAAUGCGCUUGGCGCUUCAGUCCGUCAAGCUCUGUCUGCUUCAUUCUCUCCACAGCGUUGAGUUUUUUCGCAGCGACAAAACGAAGGUUCCCUUGACCAUAAAGAAAGGACCUGGAGUCACGUCGAUAGAAGAAAUCAUUGUUGGAAUCCGGAGAAGACCAGAAAGACAUGACUAGCCAAGCUUUCGCAAAUUAAUGAAAGCUUGCUGUGUAAUGCGCGCCAUGCAGCAGCAAAGAUGGGUGUUUUCCUUGCGUAACUAAGUAUUGUGUAAGGCAAAAGGGCACGCAAUGGUUAACCUCCCCGUCUUUCCCCUCUUUGUUUCUUAUUGUAAGUGAAAGCAAUCGAAACUUA